AAGCGUGCAACCGCUGGCUCGACCCACGAGGCGUCGCACACGCUCGGGCAGUGGCCAGUGCUUCGUCCCAAGCGCCAGCGCAACGCACUGUACUGAUGUUUGUUUGGUUUACGAUCCCCGUUGCCCAGACGCGUGACACACGCGUACACUGUCUUUGGCCCCCACCCCCUACUGGUACUUUGAACGGGGUACCCCGGGGCACCACCAUCACUUUGGUGGCCUCAACGACAACGACACGACCAGCAUGGCGAGCCCCGACGACGUCCGCGAGCUCGCGCGCUACUUGAGCGAGAACGUUGCCGUGUACGUGGGCAUGGAGCUCCAAGGCUCAAUGGAGCGCAUGCAGCUGCUCGACAACGUGCUCCAGAAGCUCUGUGACAAGUACGAUCGCAUGAAGGCCGAGAGCGCCUCGAUCGUCCAGUUUGCGGCGCAGAUGAAGCAGAAUGAAAAGGUCCUCGCGGGCCACAUGCAGAGCAUUGACGACGUCGACGAAGAGCUCACUGAGCUCGAAGACAUGGUCGAUCAGUUGCAGCUCUACGCCGAGCGUCUCCACAGCAAGUUUGCGACGAUGGCUUAGCCUACAGGUGCUCUGCCAACGACCCAUGUAUGUCUGACAGUGCUGCGUUGCGU